AUGGCCAGUCCCCAAAGGAGGCUGGAGGGGACCACAGUGCCCACCCUGCAAGAGGAGGAGGAGGGCCAUCGAUCUGGCGGUCUCCAAUUUGUCAUGGUCACCGAGGAGCUGUGCUGGAAUCAGCUCUAUGAACUGGACAAGGACCCAAAACGCAAGGAGUUCCUGGAUGACCUCUUCAGCUUCAUGCAGAAGAGAGGGACGCCCGUGAACCGCAUCCCCAUCAUGGCCAAGCAAGUGCUGGACCUCUACACGCUGUACCGGCUGGUGACGGACAAGGGUGGCCUGGUGGAAGUCAUCAACAAGAAGAUCUGGCGGGAGAUCACCAAGGGCCUCAACCUACCUACCUCCAUCACCAGUGCUGCCUUCACCCUCCGCAUGCAAUACAUGAAGUACCUGUACCCCUAUGAAUGUGAGAAGCAGGCGCUCAGCUUGCCUGGGGAGCUGCAGGCCGCCAUCGACAGCAACCGGCGGGAAGGACGGAGGCAGACUUUCAGCACCGUGUUCUUCAACUACUCGCCCGCUGGCACCCUGACCCUGCUGGGCUCCCCCAAAAUGCCCCUGCCGGCCCUCAGCAUUUCCACGCACAGCUGUGGCCAGAUGGGCCAAGUGCACGGCGUGAAGAAAGAGGAUGGCACGGUGCUGGCGGUGCCUGGGCGCAUUGCCAUCCCGGUGGGGCUGGCCGGCCACCACCUUGCAGCGGCCCAGGCAGCGGCAGCCUCACAGGCGGUGGUGCUGGAGCAGCUGCAGGAGAAGCUGGAGACAGGGGAGCCCCCAGAGAAGAAGGUGGCCCUGACGGCAGAAGAGCAGCAGCGGCUGAUGCAGCAGGCUCUGCAGCACAACCUCCUGGCCAUGGCCUCCCAGUUCCCCAUGAACAUCAAGGUCUCCGACCGAGAUGACAGACAGGAGACCGCAUUGAACCUGUCCACCAACGGCAUUAGCAGUAUCAACAUGUCAAUAGAAAUAAAUGGAGUUGUCUACACAGGCGUCCUGUUCGCCUGCCGGCCCGCAGCCCCCCCAGCAACCGGUGGAGGGGGCACCCAGAGCCAGCCGAACCCCACAGCCAUGCCGAACCCGCUACCGCCGGCCCCCUCGCACAGCCACACUCCCGCCAGCGCCGCACCAUAGGGGCAAUGCUCCCUGAAGCAGACAGGGUUCCCGAGGGGGGUGGGGUAGGGGCUGCGCCCCUGGCCGUGGGGCAGGGAUGUGCCCAGCGGGGUCUGGGGGACCAAGGGUGGCUCUUGGUGCCAAGCAGAGCUGUGGCCAUGCAAAGCCAAGCACCCACAGGGCCCUUUUGUCCCUCACCCCAGGUGUGGGGCCCCUUGCCCGCAUGUACCCCCAAAACACGCCUUCUGUGACCCCCCCAAACAGCUCCUGUGGGCCUGGGCACCCUUGCACUCUGCAGCCCCUCUGGGCACCUCAAUGCA